AUGGAACAUUCGGCCAUUUCAAUGGCUCCAAUGAGUACAACAACAGCAACAAAUAAUUUAAUUUUAGAAAGCGGAAUUUGUUCUGUUUGUGGAGAUAAAUCUGCUGGAAGGCAUUAUGGAGUGAUGGCUUGUUAUGGAUGUAAAGGCUUUUUUAGAAGGACUAUUCGAUCCAAACAAAGCUACAAUUGCCGAUUUCAAAAACGUUGCAGUAUAGAUAAAGAUCAACGCAAUGCUUGUCGUUUUUGUCGUUUUCAACGUUGUUUACAGGUUGGAAUGGAAGUAACAGCAAUUAGACCAGAUAGAGAUGUUAUUGGAAAACAGAAAAAUCCUCGAAAAAAGAAAUUACUUUUAUUACAACAAAAUACUAAAUCAGAAAAUUUAAAAACAAAAAAUAAAAAUAAGAGAGGAGAUAAUAAUAAUAAUUUUUGUUGUAUUCCUUCACCUGGAGCUGAAUCUAAUAGUUCUCAACAGGAAGAUUUACUUCUCGGGGUUUUUAUGGAUAUACAUUCCAAGGCUGGGGAGGGAAGUUUAUUUCCUUCAACAACAAAUAAUGAAAGAUUUUUUAAUAAUUCUUUAUUAUUAUCCCCAUCAAAUAACAACAACAACAAUUCUUCUCCUCCUUUUGUAGAAUUAGCUAUUGGAAUUUCUGUUCCAAAUACUUCAGCAAUACAAUUACGGCGAAAUAUUAAACCUGAUCCAGAAAUUUCUUUAUUUAUGUUAUUACAAAAUCCACAAACUUUGGCCGAAUAUUCUCUCGAAGAACCGGUAAAUAUUUCUGAAUUUGGUUUAUUAACUAUAUUAAAGUAA